AUGAAGGCUUUUGACAUCAAUGGAAGCAACACCCUUUCUCUUGCCCUUUUCACGGAUGUCACCAACUCCAAGGAACUUCUAGAUUCUAUGCAAGCUGGAAAGCUAGAACCAGAAGUUGCAUUUCUCAAUGCAUCACUUAUACCAGAUGUUUUCCCUCUUCUGGCAGCAGCACAUAAAACUCUUAUAGCCAAGUCCAGGGAUUCAUUGACCACACGCACUCUUCAUUCUGAACUAGUUUAUAAUUACUCAGGAUCUAAGCAUAUUACAGAAUCCCUGAAAAGAUGUGGAAUUUCCAAUAACACCACAUACAUCCUUGCAGCUCGUUUCAACGCUUCUCCAGAGGAGAUGAAAGCUGUAGAGAAUCUUAUCAAUGGGAAAGAAAUCGAAUUAGAGGAACUGGAAGGGAGAGCAAACCAAGCUCAAAUACAGAAGCACUACAAAAUUUCUGGCUUGGAAGUAGGAAUAUCCUCUUUUGCAGAUGCCAUUACCUGCCGGAUAGCUGCACGUGAUGCCUUGUAA